AACUGUCAGGCUGCUGCUAAGGUAGCCCCGGUCCUGGCUGUGGCUUUAGCAGGGAGCGGCGGGCGGACGCGGACGGAGGGGUCGGAGUUCCUGGAGAGCUGCGACGCCCAUUGUGUUUGAGACCUGUUCUACUUUCCACUGGAAUUGUUCAGGGAAAUGUCAUAGCAACUUCCUGACUGCCAAAUUCAAGGGAUUCUGUCCAGUUCUCAUCUUUGUAUUUUUACAGAAUGUCAUCAGAUGAGGAGAAAUAUUCAUUUCCCGUUAUGCAGAAUGACUGCAACCAAAAUAGUUCAAGCUCUUCAGAUCUUCAGGAAGAGUAUGAAGAAUUGCUUCGUUAUACUACAGUGACUCCAAAUAUUGAACCAGGUACUUCACAGCCAUCUCAUUCUAAGGGAGAAGUGGUGCCAGAUGUUAGAUUUCAUACUAUAAUUGAUGAUAUUCUUCAGAAUCAAGUAAGAAGAGAAAGAGAAACAAGGACGGAAGUUAGAAAAGGAUGUGAUUUAAAUAUUUCAAGUCAUUCAAAGACAGAAGGGUUAUCACCAGUGUCAUCACCAAGGAAGCCUUUUCACCCCGUCAUGGAUUUUUUCAGUUCAAAUCUUUUAGGCGACUCUUCCACACCAGGGUCUAAUUCUAGUCAUCCAGGUAUCCAUGAAAUAAUUGUGGGCAAUUCUGUUGUUUCUGAAGAAAACCUUCAAAAGGUGGAAAGUGUACUGGAUCUUUGGAGUUCAGGUCUUAAGACAAACGUCAUAUCUGAACUAACUAAAUGGAGACUAAAUUUUAUUGACUGGCACCGUAUGGAAAUGAAAAAAGAGAAAGAUAAACAUGCAGCACAUUUAAAACAACUGUGCAACCAGAUCAACAGCUUGAAGGAGCUGCAAAAAGCCUAUGAAAUUUCCAUUGGGAGAAAAGAUGAGGUGAUUUCCAGCUUGUCUCACGCCAUAGGCAAGCAAAAGGAAAGGAUGGAGCUGAUGAGAACAUUCUUCCACUGGCGGAUUGGCCAUGUCAAAUCCAGACAGGAUGCUUAUGAAGGGAAACUAGCUGACCAGUACUUCCAGAGAAAUUUACUGAAGAAAGUGUGGAUAGGCUGGCAUUCUACGGUGCAAAAGAAGUGGAAGGACGUGGUGGAGCGAGCUUGUCAAGCAAGAGCUGAAGAAGUUUGUGUCCAAAUUUCCAAUGAUUAUGAAAACAAAGUUGCUGUGUUAUCUGGAGCUUUGGAAAAUGCAAAAGCUGAGAUCCAAAGAAUGCAACAUGAAAAAGAGCACUUUGAAGAUUCCAUGAAGAAAGCUUUCAUGCGGGGGGUGUGUGCAUUAAAUCUUGAAGCCAUGACAAUGUUUCAAAACAGAAAUGAUGCAGACUUCACAAAUAGUAAGAAGGAAGAGUAUGGUCCUGUUCAUCUGGAUCCUUCGGCUCCGAUACCCUCAGGAGCCGCCCCAGCACCGUCCUCAGCAGCAGCAGCCAUGGGAGUGGCCAGCACUGCUGCCUUUCCCUCUGCCACGUCCAUCACCUCUGCGGGGACUGCUUCCGCCUCCUGUGUGUCUGCUCCUCUUGGUGCAGGGUCCACGGCUCCCACUGCGUCAGGAGAAACGUAUGUACCCAGAGUUGUGACAUCUGCACAACAGAAAGCUGGAAGAACAAUUACAGCCCGGAUCACAGGGAGAUCUGAUUUUGCUUCAAAAAGCAGAAUUAGUAGCAGUUUAUCUAUAAUGGGAGUUUCUCCUCCCAUGAGUUCAGUUGUUGUGGAAAAACAUCAUCCAGUCACAGUGCAAACCAUUCCUCAAGCUGCUGCAACAAAAUACCCCCGGACUAUUCAUCCUGAAAGUACUACCUCAGCUUCCAGAUCUCUCGGAACCAGAUCAACUCACACCCAGUCUCUCACAAGCGUUCAUUCCAUCAAAGUGGUUGACUGAAAUGUAUACGUUCAUAUUAAGAUCUUUUAAGUGCUCUGGUUUUACCAAGGAUUAGAAGUCUUUAGUUUCAAAUUUUUCCAUAUUUUUAGAACAUCAUGGAUACAUCAUGUUCACCUUUUCAGAAUUAUAAGAGACUUUUUCAAGCCACACCAUCCUUUGUAAAAUAAUAUGUAGGAUUAUUUUAAUGUUAUUUUUUUAAUUUAAGCAAUUAAGUAAAACUUUUUUAAAUUAAAAA